CGCCGAUUGGCUGGUUCGGUUCGAGUGAAUGGAUUGGGUCGGUUCUCGUGACUGGUGGUGAAAUGGUGUGCCGGCUGGACAAGAACUGAACUGGACAGGUCAGGUGCAUUUAAACCAGCUUCAAGCAAGGAGAUUACAGGUAAAAAUCCGCGCGCUGGUUUCCACUGAACUCCAGCAGAGAAGCGACUGAAACCGCGUGAAUAUGGGGGAAGGAACUGAUAGCUCAGUGAAAAGAGACAAACAGGACAUGAAGGGUGAAAAUACACGCACACAGGAGGACAGCGGUGUGAAAUAUUACACACGCGCGGAGGUUCAAGCUCAUAACAUGAGCAAAGACACAUGGCUCAUCAUCCACGAUAAAGUUUACGAUAUCACAGGUUUCAUGGAGGAGCACCCAGGAGGUGAAGAGGUUCUGCUGGAGCAAGCAGGCGCAGAUGCAACAGAAAGCUUUGAGGAUGUGGGUCAUUCCACAGAUGCCAGAGAGAUGCUACAGCAGUAUUACAUCGGCGAACUACAUAUGGAUGAUCGAAAGAAUGAAUCAAAAAAGGAAGUUUACAUCACAACUUCCAAAGACUCCAGGUCAUGGACCACCUGGUUAAUCCCAACCAUAGCUGCUGUACUUGUGGGUGCCAUGUAUCGUUACUACAUGUUGGAGCACAGAUCCUCCUGAACUCUUGUAAACUUAGUCAUCAGUAUAUAUUUCUCUUGUCUGGAGGCCUUGACUUGUUUGAGUGAGUCUACAAGAUUACUCUCAAAACUCCUGCUCAUCUUCUCUUCUUUAGUUUCCGCUCAAUUUCUGUUUGGAAAAGGUCCAAAGCCCAUUGGCUCAUUUUGACUGUUUUUUUCUACCAGAAUUCAGAGUUUCUUUUUUUGUUUAAUCUGCAGGACUUAACCUGCAGCAUUAUCUUGGUCAUGCUUUCUGUAAUCGGAUUGUCACGCUUUUUUAAAAUGUACUUGGAAAUGACUUCAGCUCCUUGAAAUUAAUCUAGAGUGUAGUUGGAAAGAUCAGGCCCUUCAGGACAGGUAUGGGCCAGCUUUUGUUGACUGAUUUUAAUUCGCUGAUAAUUUAGACAAAUCACGUGUCCACAGCCUUCACAUAGCUGCUAAUGUUUGUCAGUGAAUUACCUUGGGUUUAUUACCUAAGGUUUUUGACCAAAUGAUUCAAGUGGAGUUGAAAGAUACAUCUCCAAGAGAAAAGCAUGGAGUCAUGCUAUUAAAAAGAAAUUGCUUUUUUUAAAUACAACAUGGUUUAAAGGGAUAGUUCACCCUAAAAUUAAAAUUCGGUCCUUUACUUGCCUUUAGUUGUUCCAAACCUGUAUAACUGGAAAAAAAAAAAAAAAAAAAAAGAUAUUUCAAAGAAUGUUGGUAACCAUGACCAAGUGUUGGUCACCACUGACUUCCAUUGUAGUGACAAAAACACUGAGAUAUUUUUCAAAGUAUCUUUUAUGUUCCACUGAAGAAAGAAAAUCAGACAGACAUGAGGGUGAGUAAAUGAUGGCAGAAUUUCAUUUUUGGGUGAACUAUCCCUUUAAGGAAAACUCGAAAAUAUUGUCAUAGUUUUAAAUGUUGUCAUAUCACUUUUGCAUGAAUGUUGUCAUUCAACAUCAGACAACGUGCAAUUGCUGAAAUGUAGCAUAGAGAUACAGUCAUACAGUGCUUUAAUGUUAAAUAUGUACACUUUUUUUCUUACAAUGAAGAUUUCUAUAGUGUGGUACGUGUAUUUGCAAACUUGAAAUCGACUCCAUUGUUCAGCCUUUUUGUAAUGAUGCAUAUGAGAGAUGUUUAAAUGUUUUUUUUGGUGAGAACAUUAGUUUUGGGAAGUGUUUGAUACUUGAACUGUUGUACAGCUUGUAGAGUACCUGUUCAUAUAUUCAUUAUGCAUAUGCUUCUCUAAUGAAUUGUUCUUAGCAUUUCAAGCACUUGCAUGAUUAUUCUAGCUCUACUGGAUUUAGCUUAAAGGGCAGGUCAUGAAAAAUCAUUAUAUGCAAGUGUUGCCUUUAACGUUCUACGUUCAAAAGUACAAGUAAACCAAAAUGUCUACUUUUGUUUGCCUCUUUUCUGUACUUCUGUUAUUAAAUCUUGCAUUUCCUUUCCAAACAAUAAUGCAUUUAAAUAGUCUUAAUGCAACACAUUGAGUGAGUCAUUAUUAUGCGUUUAUAUAGUCAUUUAGAUAUUUUUAGUAAUCCCCAUGUGUCAUUAUUAAUGGAUGAUACAAACUAUUUCUCUUAGUAGAUCCUUUUUUUUUUUUCUUGCCAUGUGUCUUGUUUGAGUGUCAUAUUUGCCUUUUAAAACCAUUUGACAUUCCUGCCCCAAGAAAUGUGCAAAUUAAUUAUUUUCCUGCCAGGCUGAGUCAAUGUGUUUAGCUUUGUCUAACAAUUGAUGUUCAGAUGUUAAUGUUUGUGAGCAUUUUAUAUGUAUAGAUAUUGAUGACAUUGUCAUGUUUUCAUUGGUUCACAAAUAAUUUGAUUAUAGUGGGGAAUAAAAACUUAGUCCUGAAUUGAGAACAAGUGUGUAAGUCUCUAGAUCCCUAUGUGUUCUUUUAGUUCAACAACAGAAAAAAAAAUCUGAGUUCAAGACCGUUAUUAUUGCUAAGAUAAAUGUCACAUAUUUAAUUAAAAAUUAUAAUUUAUCUGUCAGGUUAUGAUUAUCUGUGGUAUGUCAUCGUGAAUACGACUGACUUACUGAAACAGUGUGUUUGUUAAAGGUUUCAAUAAAUGAUUAAAAAUGCAAAUAUA